UGUCUAGCAUUAAUUUAAUAAAAUAGGAAAACGAGUAAGGAAAUUGGAUUAUUAGUUGACAACUACCUCAACCAACAAGUCUAAGUUCAAUCAAUCUGUAAUGAUAUUGACCGAAUAACCCUUAUUACACUAAUGAAAUAACCCACGACCUUCAUGAAAUUUGAUUGAGAUUGGAGAAGAUGGAACCGUAAAAAGGAGAAAAUCUAAAAAUUGGGGAUUAAUCGAAGAAGAUGAAUUGAAAAAUAGCUGAAAAGAGGAAAGUGAAAGAGGAGAGAUAACGUGAUUUUGAUUUUUUUUUUUUUUUUUAAAUUAUGGUUGGCCACACCGUGUGGCCAGCCACAUAUAAAAGUUUGUGUAUAUAAUAACUAUAUACGCAGUAUAAAUUUGUGAAGGUUAAUGUGACCAAUUACAUAUACUAAUUUAUAAAUUUCAAUUCUAAUCAAACUCGUGUAAACCUUUAUUAAAGAUAAAAUUAGGAAGGAAAGAAGAUACUAAAAAUAAGAAAUAAUUACAAGUUCAAUUCUAUAAUAAUUCUAUCAAACUCAUAAUUUUUCUUUGUUUAUUUAUUUUUUAUUUUUAUUUUUAUUUUUUGAGAAAAAAGAGGCUCAAUUUUAAUCAAACUUUUACGGAGUAAAAAGAAUCCUUCAACGGGUUUUCACCAUUAUAUCCCAUCAAACUCUUAAUCAUAAAGUCGUCUCAUUAGUCAUUACCCUCUUCCUCUGUUUUAGACUCUUCCCUUAACCCCCCAAACCCCUUCUUCUCACCCAUCUUCGCCUUUCUCUCUCCUCCUCACUCCCAUUAAAUCAAUAACUUCAAUUCUUCAAAUUUCACACCAAAUUUCCCCAACAAAUUCAAAUUCAACAAAAAAAAUCCCCAGAAAAAACCUAAUUUCAAAAUCCCCAGAAAAAACCCCCAAAACAACAAAAACCCCAAAUCAAUCAAAUAAUAAUGGAACCUUUAUCAAUUCAACCGACCCAAUCAUCAAUUCUACUAUUUCUACCAAUUUUUCUUACAAUUUAUUUAACUGGGUAUUUCAUAAUCUUCAAAAAUUGGCCCCCUAAGUUCCGCCCAGAAGGUGCUAGCUGCUUCAUCUCCCUCUUCCAUGGCACCCCAGCUGCAAUCCUCGCUAUUUUCUCUCUACUCAACAACAACUCCUCUCACCAAUCUUUCUUUUCCCAAAAUACCCUUCUCCAAAACACGAUCCUUGACUACAGUAUUUCUUAUUUCAUCAUGGAUUUGACCCAUUACCUAAUUUUCUACCCUUCUGAUCUUUUAUUUAUUGGGCAUCAUUUAGCAACGUUGUUCGUGUUCAUAACUUGCCGUUAUCUUGUUUCUCAUGGUGCAUUCUCCAUCUUGGUGCUGCUAAUUUUGGCUGAAAUCACAAGUUUAUUGCAAAAUCUUUGGACUUUGGCAAAUGCAAAAAGGGUAGAAUCGGAACUUGCUGAAAAAAUCUACUCUAUUUUGUCACUCCCUUUUUAUGUAAUUUAUACUAUUGCUAGGGUUAUUUUAGGGCCAUUAUUUGUGUAUAAAAUGGGGUUUUCUUAUUUUAAAGGAGAUGGGAAUGGAAUUAUUCCAACUUGGGUUAUAAUUUCUUGGAUUUGUGUUAUUGUAACAGCAAUAACAGUCAGUAUUUUGUGGAUAUGGAAUUUAUGGGUGGAGUUGUUUAGACAAUGGAGGGAGAAGAAAGUUCAAUAAGGGUAUAAUUGUAAUUUUACUUUUUUUUUUUUUUUUUUGUGCAAAUAUAAAUAUUAAUGUAAGGCACUUUGGAUUUUAUAUAUAAAUAUAAUUUGAAAAAAAAAAAUCAGGUGCUUUCAUUUUGUUUUGGCUUUAUUUGUAUGGUUUUCAAUUUGUUAAUUGGUGUUUUGUGUUGUAAGUUGUGAUUAAUUAUUUAAUUUAUUGUCUUUGUCACUUUUUGACUAAAUCAACUUAUAAUUGAAGUACAUUAAUUAAUCAAGUUUAUGAUGUUAUCAAGUUAUAG